AUGAAUAGUCAUUUGAUGAAAAAGAUGGUUUAAAGAUAUUAUUUUCAGGUAGUUAUAAGAAGAAGAAAAAAUAACAGUAAAACAUAAAUAUUAAUAACAAUAAACAUAUCAGUAAAAGAAACUGGUUUAUAAGCAACAUCUGUUUUCUAGAAGAAAAAAAAAAGGGACAUUAAACAAAAACUGACGUUUAAAGUAAAAAAGGCGAUAAGAAACAAAAACUGAAACUGACACGACUAAUUAUCCACCUACAUCCCAACAAACAUGUGCAGCUACAAGAGCAAAAGCCAAAAAGGCAUCGCCAGACACAAGUACGAAACAUGUGAUAUGUGACUCUCGGUAAUAUCGCCUGUAGUCCUAUAAAUACCCAUCUCUAUUAGCCCAUAGACUCACCCUACAAUACAAGCUGCCCGCCGCAUUGGAGAAGUGGAGGCGUUGCGUUUGCGAGUCGAGACCUGUCUUCUCCCUAGCAAGUCUUGUUCUGCGUGACACACAGGAGACUUUGCGAGCAUGGAGGGGACUCCGAAAGACACAGUCAGUAGGUACAAGAUCAUGAACGGAAGAAAGUCCAAACAGAAAUUGUUAGUUCAAGAGGCUGUAUUAAGCAUCAAUGUUAUCGAAUUAGUGAUUCACCAGAUAAUUAGCUUUAUCAGAACUAAGGUUUUGAUAGAGACCAAUAUUGACAGACACAUUGGAAUAAAUGUGUGCUGUGUAUUAUACAACCUUGGGUCAUGCUUCUCUCGGAUAGAUUUCAAAGGUAAAAAUACUGCUAUCCUAGAGAAGGACGAUGAAAUCAUCUCUGCAGCAUCUAUAAGAAUACAUGGAACAAGGAUGGCGGAGAUGCCAUUUGCGGCAACCCAACAGAAGUUUGGGAGAAAAUUCGUAACUAGUUGCCAUUGAAUCUCUAACAAUUUACAUAAGACAAGCUGAUUUGUGAGUGUGACUCUAAACUGAAAGCAAGGAAGAAAUAUUUUUUAUAAUCAGAGUAUACAAGCAGGCCCCCUGGAAGACAAGCGUAUGCAAUAUUCAUAAACGGGAACUUGGUUGAACUGCGCAAAUGGCAUAAGUAGUGUUGGCAGCUGCAAGCUCAAGUAUAGGAAAGCUCUCCUAAGAAUGUGGCUAAUGAAGACAAGCACAUAACAUCAGUAUUUGUGUCAAGUAAUCUAUUCAAUAUUCCAAAACAGGAAUAAGAUUACGUUGAUCAAAUGGCUCUACUUGGCGCAGCUGCAAACUCAAAUGGAUAUUGCUAAGUUCGUCCCCUAAAAAGACAAGCAAACAAGAAUGAUGUUACCAUGUUCGAAUGGCUGAAUGAGGUUGGGGCAGCAAGCUCAACUGGGAAUUUGCAAUUGGUAAGGCAAAAGGGGCUUAUCCUCCUAUAAAUAUUUAUGUAAUUGUAUAACAAUUCCUUGCAUGUAAAUGUUUCUAGGCACGGACAUGUUAUUAUAAGGUAAAAAAAUAUUGGCCCCCAACAUCUAAACUUUUCUUUGCUUGAAUUCUAUGUUGCCGUUGUGGUUAACAUGGUGAAAGUAGUGCCAUUUCCGGU